CGACAAGUUUAUAAAAAAGAGAGGCUAGGACCGGGACAAGAAGCAAAAGUAACCCUACUUGCAGAAGAGGGGAGAUGGUUUUCCUAGCUUGACGACUUGACGAUGAAAAAAACAACUUUUCUUCUCUACGAUGGAUGAUCGGUUUUCCUUUACUAUCCUGGUGGAAUGUUGUUUGGUCAGAAAAGAAGCAUUUUGACGUUCAAAAAAAUUCCGUUCCUUGACAAAGCAAAGAGUAUACGGGCUUUGCUACGACGCCUUGGACCCCCCUACGACAAGACAUGAGGCGGCUUUCUACUCUUUUUGCACGCGGCAUCAGUCUGUUUGUUGAUCAUUCUCGAGUGGUUUCGUUUCCGUGGAUGGAGUGGAAUGGAGUCUGCGACGCUGUUUUCGACUGGCCUCUCUCUGCUUCCAACUUCUCGGUACAUUUUUUCUCUCUUUCCUCUCACGUUUUCUCUCAUGCCAUUGGAGGAAUCAAAAGGGGUUUUCCAACUUUCGGUUUGAUUUCUUCCUCAUCCACUCCUCAUUUUUCAUGGUUCGACUUUUUUUCGUCUUUGGUUUUUUUUUUUUCCGAUUCUGAGAGGCGUCGGAGAGCGUACUUGCUGGUAAGGAUAUGCUUGUUCCCGGCGGGCAUUUUGGGAAAGUGCGGAUGGCACAGUCGGAUGAUGAGGACUCUUUUCGCGGACGAUGUGCUUUUUUUUUUCUUUUUCGGUCUGUUUAUUUUUUUCGGAGGGUAAAUGGGAAUGAAGGAAAUCAUAGAAUUUUUUUUUGGUAGUUAAGAAUCACUUCUUUCGGUUUAAUGUCUUUUCUA